CAUUUGGAAGGAGUCUCAGAACUGUGGCAGUCUGAACUACAACCCUUCAGAGAGCUGGGAUUUGUGUGGCCAUCAUGAGUGAGAACAUUCAGAAAUCCUUGCAGAGCUGCUUACAGCAAUUAAACUGUCAUUUCACUUGGAAUUUGCUAGAGGGAGAAAAUUCCUUAGAUGACUUUGAGGACAGAGUGUUUAACCAGAAUGUGUUUCAGAACUGUGAAUUCAGAGCCACAGUAUGCAACCUACUGGCCUACAUCAAGCACUGCAGAGGCCAAAAUGAGGCAGCCUUGGAAUGCUUAGAGCAAGCUGAAAAGUUCAUCCAGCAAGAUCAUGCUCACAAAGCAGAAGUCAGAAGCCUGGUCACCUGGGGCAAUUAUGCCUGGGUCUACUAUCACAUGGGUCAGUUCUCAGAAGCUCAGAGGUAUGUAGACAUGGUGGAAAAAGUCUGUAAGAAGUAUUCUAGUCCCUACAGAAUUGAGAGCCCUGAGAUGGAUUCUGAGGAAGGAUGGACACGGCUGAAAUGUGGAAUGAUGCACAAUGAACAUGCCAAGGUGUGUUUCCAGAAGGCUCUAGAAAAGAGCCCAAAGAACCCAGAAUUAUUUUCUGGAUUGGCAAUAGCAAGCUAUCGUCUGGAUGUCGGGUCACCAAAUAAGAAUUCUAUUGACCAUCUGAGGAAAGCCAUAAAGCUGAAUGGUGAGAAUCAGUAUAUUAAAGUCCUCCUGGCUCUGGAACUUCUCAAGGUAACUUCCCCUUCCCAAGAAGAAGAAGCAGAGAGAUUAGUUGAAGAAGCCUUGGAGAAAGCUGCCCCGGAGGCAACAGAUGUGCUUUGCAGUGCUGCAAAGUUUUAUCGGGCAAAGCAGUCGUUUGACAAGGCUAUAGAACUGCUCGCAAAGGCUUUAGACCACAUGCCAAACAACACCCAUCUCCAUUACCAUAUCGCCAGCUGCUAUAAGAUAAAAAUCGACGAAGUACUAAGAAAGGAAAAGAGUGGAACAUACAGGAAGGAAAAAUUAUCAAAAUUAAUAAAGGAAGCAGAGUAUCAUUUUAAGAAAGCUGAGUCCAAUGAGAAGCUCUACCGUGUUGGUUCCUCUCUGAGCAGCCUCUAUGCUCUAUCUGGUCAGUGCAAAACAGCAGAGCAUUAUUUCCAAAAGGAAUCUAGCAAAGAACUUGAUCCUGUGUCAAAACAAUUGCUUCAGUUGCGUUGGGGCAAUUUUCAGCUGUAUAACGUGAAGUGUGAAGACAAGGCCAUCCACCAUUACAUGGAGGGUGUGAGAAUAAACAGGGCUUCAAGGGAGCGAGAGAAGUUGAAAACCAAACUGAGAAAUAUUGCCGAAAGGCGGCUUUCCAGGAAUAACGAAGAUGCCGAGGCUUUGCAUAUCUUGGCGUUUCUUCAGGAGCUGAAUGGAGAAAAGCAGCAGGCCAGGGAAGAUGCUGACAGCGCUCUGGAUUCUGAAAGUCUCUUGCCCUCAGCCUCUUUAGAUGAGACAAAGAUCGAGGAGUAGUGAUACAGUUCCCCUAAAACUCAUGCUUGGAAGCAGAACUGAUGUGCUUCAAGGAACGUGAUAGAUCAAGGCUGUUUUCCAGCUGACCUCUUGGGUAUGGUGGUACUCUGGGAGAUUCCCUCCGUUAUCUUUGGUGGCAUGAUGCCUCAGCUGGUUUGUGUGUUAGUAGAAAGCAGCCAGAUCCCUCAGAUUCAGAAUCCUGAGGUCUAGUUUUACAGUGUUUAUUCUUGGAGUCAUUUUAGAUCCUGAUCCUGCACAGAUACUAAUGUGCUGUAUUUACCAAAAAGGCAGAGCAAUCCAAGUCUACCUAAGGUUAAUAUCCUCUCUCUCACACACAGUUCUGCCUCUUUACUCCUUCUUGCAGCCAGCUCUCAAACUAGAGUUUCUCACAUGUGGGUCAGUUGUCUCGUGAAUAGAGGUGGCAACUUAGUUUGGAGAAUGAGAGCAGAGAAGAAAGAAUAAAUCUACGAAAGCAACUGGGUCAAACAACCACAGUGUCAGACUUUGAGGACACAGGGAGGUUGACACCAUUUCCAUUCUGCUGUCACUGUAAAUUGAAAUGCAACAAAUUAAAGGAGGAAGGUGGAUUCUAUACAAUAAAACAGAUACCAGAAUAAUGCAUUUCUUUGAAACUUGCAUGAAAAAAACGAUGUUUUACCAAUGAGGAUGGGAAAAUUAUAAACAAAAGAGAAAAAGGGAAGGGAAGGUAAUGUUAAUUUAUCUUUGUAGAUAAUAAUUUGGAGAAUUUCUCAUUUUAUAUGAUACUAUUAAGAUUUUUUGGCCUGUAAAAUGAAGACUUACCUAUGGAAUUGUACCAUAAAAUUAAAAAUGAAACAAUGAAAACUUCCCUUGUGUAAAAAUGCUUUAAAUGCUAUACAGACAGCUAAGUGAGGAGAAUGACUUGGUGACCAAAUGCCUAGAGGAAAGCUUUGGGAAAUGAAGACUGGUAAAAAUGGCAUAGGGCAACAGAGGUAUUUCUAUUAGAAACGCUGAAUACUGGGUGAUACAAACACACAAUUCAUAAUACGCCUGAAGUCUAUGGGAUUUUACAGGAAGAUAAAGAAGGAACUGAAUGUCAAGGUUGGUAUGAAUCAAACUAGCGGACUCAGCAUCGAACCAUCAGCCAUCUUCUACACUUGAAAAUGUUUUAAUGUUGGACUUAGAUUAAACUUAAGCAUUUAUGAAUUUUUUUGCUAAGCAUGUAAGACAUAUAUAGAAUUAAUCAUUUUUCAAUAAAUUAUCUGUUUUAUACUUCAAAUAGUAUACAAUAUGUGUAGCUUGUAUUCCUGAAAAAAAGUUUAUUAAGUAACUUUGCUGUAAUGAAGUACAAAGAAGUGUUCUGA